UUAUCCUUCAGACUGGGACUGGAACUGUGACUAGCAAUGGAGUCACUGCCUUUUCCCAUCAACCAAACCACUCCCAGCUGUUGGGCUCUUUUCCCGUUCUUGCCCAAUAGUUUCAUAAAUAUCAUUCAACUACCCCGUAAACAUAUAUAGAACUACAUUUGCUCUCUUAUCCUGGUUAUGCUUUACGGGUCUCUUUUCCGAAGACUCUUGAGCCCUGAUCCACGUUAACUUGGGCAAGUCUCCACUGAGCUCACGGACCUUUACCAAUCCCCAGGUCCUCCUUCUUCAAGUCUUGGAUCCUCCACUCACUCGUUCGUUCCCCUAGGCUCUUUUCCAUAGCCUGUACUCAUCCUAAUUAAUUGCUUUGUCUUUUCCGUCUGCGAUUCCACUUCAACUAAACGCUCUGACUGCUCCUUGGGCUUUCCUUUCCCCGUGCGACACUCGACAAAGGACGGCAGUAUUGCCCAUUCGCCUACUAUCAUCAGACCUCUGUCAUCAUAGCAACGACCAGCAGACCAAACUUUGUCGCCCGCGCCGCUCGUUUUAGCCUCAUUCUCCGAAUUUAAGUCAUGUCGCUAGUCAUUGUCACAUCCACCAGACUACGAUAGUACCGUUGUUUUUUACCGCCAUCCUCCUACAUCUUAUCCCUUCUCUAGACGCCCAUGGCCAAAAAGCGACGGUGCAAACCACGCAAGGGAACACCGGCACGCCACAACCAAUCUCAGACGAGCACCAUGUCCUCGGAGGACUCGUACGCUGUACAGAGCGGCCGACAAUCUAGUGACGGAACACCAAGUGAGCAUGCGAACAGCGACGGAAAUAAUACAGCCAUGACCAGUAUCGUGGGAACAGACGAGGAGCCUCACCCUCACAAUGACUCUGACCUUGACGAAGAUGUCGACGAAGACGACAUGAUAUCCAUAUACCCUGCCUCACAAUACCCUGGAGUUUCUGCAGCCCAUCAGGUUGAGACUCCAUUCUCUCCGGACUCACAUGCGGCAGACUCAGAUAUGGCUGCAUCAACAAGAUCAUUAUGGGCCCAAGACCUCGACUAUAGAGAAAUUCACGGCCGACGUUAUUGUCGUGAAUAUUACAUGCCAAACGACGACAUCGAACAAUGGCGAAUGGCCAUACAGCAUCAAGUAUUCAUGCACGUACUCGACGGCGGGCUCACCCUUGCUCCACUUCAGAACCCCGACCAUAUUCUUGAUGUCGGUACAGGUACGGGCGAAUGGGCGAUCAAGAUGGCCGAGCUGCAACCGCAAUGCGAGGUUGUAGGAACCGACAUUGCUGCGAUAGCAGAGACCAAGAGCGUGCCCAUGAAUGUCUUUUUCGAAAUCGAGGACGCAGAAGAUUGGGAUCGCCACCCCGAUACGUACGACUUAAUUCACUUCCGGCUUAUGGAGGGCGCAUUCCGGAAUUGGAGCUUCGUGUACGACAAUACUUACUUUUCCCUGAAACCCGGCGGUUGGAUCGAGGUGCAGGACUUUGUCAGCGCCGAAGGUUUCAUUCAGUUUUUAUCACAAUUUUCUGAUAACUCUCCCAUGCAUGAACUUCUUAGGGAUCUUGAAAUAGCAUCCGAGAAGUCGGGGCGUCCACGAGGCAUAUAUCAUCUCGAGCCACGAUUACUCAUGGAUGCAGGCUUCGUUGACGUGCGAGUAACAGAAUACUCCAUUCCUAUUACAAUCGCCGAGGCGUCUGCGGGCAAAAUUUGGCUCAUCUCUUGUCUGGAUGGCCUAGAAGCUCAUUGCUUGCGACUCUUGACAGAAUAUAUGGACUGGGACCCCGAAAAGUGCAAGCAGGCCUGUGAAGCGGCCGCGCGAGACUUGGCAAACGCCGCUAAAGAUCCCAUAAAAUCAAAGGGUCUUCAAAUCAAGAUGCGUAUCAUUAUUGGCAGAAAGCCCCUCGAUGCACCCCGUACCGACCUGGCGGACCUCCUUGGGAGAUGCCACUCGCCAGCUACAGAGCUCAACGGCGACAGCUCUAACCCUACGCUUCAUGCGGAUGACCAUAUGACCGCGGGGCCGAGCUAAAUAGGAAACUCAACUAUUUCAUUAUGAGGAUAUGAAAACCCAUUAAUCCUUGUUUUUUUUUGUUUUUGUUUUUGUUUUUUUGGCGACCGUUCUUUGGGAACAAGGGGUGGCGCAGAUGCUUUGUAGGGCGGCGUUUACAUGGAUGACGACUCGAUCUUUUGCAUUUACUUGUACAUACUUCAGCGGUUGAUCAGGGCGGCUAUUCUUUUUUUUGUUCUUUUAUUUUAUUUUAAGAUACACACGGGUGGCGCUUUGGUGUAACAAACCUUGUUGCAGUCUUUAGCUGUUUGGAGCAAGGUUUGCAGUCAAUUUCACGGGUAGUCAGUUGAAAGACACUUGAAAUGAUUAGAGAAAAGAACAAGAUACCUAUGUAUGCGCAUUGGCGCAGAAGUUACACAAUAUUCAGAGCUCUAUAUUUAUUUA